UUUCCUUUCCCUGUUUCCUUCCUCCCCCAAACCCUAGACAACCUUAUUUCCUAGGCUAUUUAAGUGGCUUUUCUUGUUUUUUUUUUUUUUAAAACCUUGUAGUUUUAGAUGCUGUAAUUAGUAUUACAAAGACUUUGGAAAGAUGCCUGCAGUUACAAAAUGUCCUCCUCCCUCCUUUUUCUUUUUAGGUCCCGCCUCUUCUGCUCACCCUUUAGCCAGCAGCAAGACAGCUGUGUUCAAUCAGAAAUCACUUACAACUCCAGGCUGAAAAGGAGGGGGAAAACUAUAGUGUGUAGUGCCGCUGAGAGGUCGAUGUCUCACUCCAGCGGUCUCUUGUUCCACGGGGCUCGUCCGACUGAUUCUUUGGAAGCGUCCUGGAUGGUUUCUCGAGUUCUGGUCUCUUCUGGUAGUUGUCUUCCAACCCAGCUGAAGAGAAAGGUAGCUCAGAACUGCGAGGAUAUUGUUGGAGCUGUUAUUUCACAUGGACUUUUGGCAGUUUGGAAAUGCAAAGCGUUUACUACCUUCUGUCUGCAGUCGGGGCAGUGUUAGAGAAUUUUUUGUAGCAAUGGAUCUUUGGUGAAACGAAAAACCUAACAACCUGGCUAUUUUCGGAGUGCUUGCAUCAUUAUUUUGGAUUUACAAAUUCCUGAGUGAAAAUGGCUGUCUGAACAAAAUGUGCAAAAAGGAAAACGCGUGGAAAGGGAGUCAGUAUUGAGUCUUAUACACAAUUUCCGUGUAUUAAAACCUGGCGGAAUAAUCAAGUCUGAAAAGUUCAAUCAUGAAUUCUGGAGUUGUCUUGAAAUAUGGAAAUGACUCCUCUGCGGAGCUGAAUGAGCUCCAUUUAGCAGCCCUGGCAUCUCUGAAAGGAGACAUAAUGGAGCUUAAUAAUCGUCUACAGCAAACAGAAAGAGAAAGGGACCUUUUGGAAAAGAAAUUGGCAAAGGCACAGGGAGAGCAAUCCCAUCUCAUGAAAGAACAUGAAGAUGUUCAAGAACAAAUGAACCUGCGUUAUGAGGAACGAAUCACGGAACUUCACAGCAUCAUUGCUGAGCUAAAUAAGAAAAUUGACUACCUCCAAGGAACAACAAUCAGGGAAGAAGAUGAGUAUUCAGAGUUUCGAUCAGAGCUCAGUCAAAGUCAACAAGAAGUCAAUGAGGAUUCUCGAAGCUUGGAUCAAGACCAAACAUCUGUUUCCAUCCCUGAAAAUCAAUCUACCAUAGUCACUGCUGAUAUGGAUAACUGCAGUGAUCUUAACUCAGAACUGCAAAGAGUACUGACUGGACUGGAAAAUGUUGUUUGUGGGAGAAAGAAGAGUAGCUGUGGUCUUUCAGUAGCUGAAGUAGACAGACAUAUUGAACAGCUCACCACCGCAAGUGAACACUGUGAUUUGGCUAUUAAGACAGUUGAAGAGAUUGAAGGAGUAUUAGGUCGAGAUCUCUAUCCCAAUUUGGCUGAAGAGAGAUCUCGAUGUGAAAAAGAGCUGGCUGGCCUAAGAGAGGAAAAUGAAAGCCUGACUGCCAUGCUGUGUAGCAAAGAGGAAGAACUCAACAGGACCAAAGCCACCAUGAAUGCUAUCCGGGAAGAAAGAGACAGACUCCGAAGAAGGGUUCGAGAACUACAAACACGCUUACAGAGUGUCCAAGCAGCGGGACCUUCUAGUCCAGGUCACCUCACUUCUAUUAACCGACCAAUUAAUCCCAGUACUGGAGAGCUGAGCACCAGCAGUAGCAGCAAUGAUAUCCCCAUUGCCAAGGUUGCUGAGAGAGUGAAGCUGUCAAAGACAAGAUCAGAGUCUUCUUCAUCUGAUCGGCCCAUCCUAGGAUCAGAAAUCAGCAGCAUAGGGGUAUCUGGCAGUGUGGCAGAGCAUCUUGCUCACUCUCUGCAGGACUGUUCCAACAUCCAGGAGAUUUUCCAGACCCUCUAUUCACAUGGAUCUGCCAUCUCAGAAAGUAAAAUUCGAGAAUUUGAAGUAGAGACAGAGAGAUUGAACAGUCGAAUAGAGCACCUAAAAUCUCAAAAUGAUCUGCUGACCAUAACACUGGAAGAAUGCAAAAGCAACGCUGAGAGGAUGAGCAUGCUGGUGGGGAAAUAUGAAUCCAACGCCACCGCUUUGAGACUUGCAUUGCAAUAUAGUGAGCAAUGCAUAGAAGCCUAUGAACUCCUAUUGGCGCUAGCAGAAAGUGAACAGUCUCUUAUCCUUGGACAGUUCCGAGCAGCGGGUGUGGGAUCUGUUGGGGACCAGACAAGAGAUGAAAAUGUUACCCAGAUGCUUAAGCAUGCUCAUGAUUGCCGGAAGACAGCAGAAAAUGCCGCCAAAGCACUGCUGAUGAAGCUGGACGGAAGCUGUGGGGGAGCAUUUACUGUCUCUGGCUGUAGCAUCCAGCCAUGGGAGAGCCUUUCUUCCAACAGCCAUACCAGCACCACCAGCUCCACUGCUAGUAGCUGUGAUACAGAAUUCACUAAGGAAGAUGAACAGAGACUAAAGGAUUAUAUUCAACAGCUCAAGAAUGACAGGGCAGCUGUCAAGCUGACCAUGUUAGAAUUGGAAAGCAUCCAUAUUGAUCCUCUUAGUUACGAUAUCAAACCUCGAGGAGAUAGUCAAAGACUAGAUCUAGAAAAUGCUGUGCUGAUGCAGGAGCUGAUGGCAAUGAAGGAGGAAAUGGCUGAGCUGAAGGCCCAAUUAUAUCUACUGGAAAAAGAAAAGAAAGCUCUUGAACUGAAGCUGAGUACUCGAGAGGCCCAGGAACAAGCAUAUUUGGUGCAUAUUGAACAUCUCAAAUCUGAAGUGGAAGAACAGAAGGAACAAAAAAUGAGGUCCCUCAGCUCUACCAGCAGUGGGAGCAAAGAAAAAUCUGGCAAGGAGUGUAUGGAUGGAGCCUCAUCUGUGCUAUCAUUAGCUGACCUGAGGAUAACAUUCAGUGAGAAUGAUUUGGCUGCAGAAGUUACCAAUGCACUGCGACGGGAGAAGAAACUGAAAGCCAGAGUCCAGGAGCUUGUGAAUGCCUUAGAAAGACUGACAAAGAGCAGUGAAAUCCGACACCAGCAGUCUGCUGAGUUUGUUAAUGAUCUGAAAAGAGCUAACAGUAACCUGGUGGCUGCAUAUGAGAAAGCCAAGAAGAAGCACCAAAAUAAACUGAAAAAGCUGGAAUCUCAGAUGAUGGCCAUGGUGGAGAGACAUGAAACCCAAGUGAGGAUGCUCAAGCAGAGAAUAGCUCUUCUGGAGGAGGAAAAUUCAAGGCCCCAUACAAAUGAGACCUCACUUUAAAAGGUUUUCAAAGCACCAAAACUCUGCCCACCAAAGCCAAUCUUGAGGGAAAGACCAGGAGAGUUAAAGUGUAUUAGGGGAAAUCUACCCAAGGAAAGGCUGCCAGACAGGAGCAGUAUCUAUCAAGUUGACCUUGAAGAGCUUCCCAAGAGACAAUGGUGGUUGACUGCAUAUGUAUUACUGUGCAAAUAAAGGGAAUGUAUCUUACACCAAGGUCCAAAGAAGAAUCAAUGAUAAUGCACAUUUCUUUUGUUCAGGUUUUCCUGGCCUACCAUACCUCACAGGUAACUGAUCCCAAUAGAUUUGUUUUCAGCCUGUUUCCUCUUACCAUUCCCACCCCCCAAAAACCAAAUACCUUUGUCUGUCUUGAAGCUACUAUAUAAAGUGAGUUUUGUUUUCAAUAAUUUCAAUGUUUUCUCUUUUUUGUCCAGAUAGAUAGUGUGCCCAUGUUUAAAUUUUCCCUUAGUUUUCCACCUAAUGUUAGGAAAAGUUCUGACAUAGAUAUAUGGCAGGUGUGUGGUCUUAGGUGCCCAAGGGAUGCUUAUUGAGAUCCUUCAUAUUUGAAGUUUAUUUUACAACUUGAGGAUCUCACCUAAGUGUGCCUUCCUCAUCCUUGAAGCUGAGUUGUAUAUGUCAUUCAAAAUGUGUGUCCUUCACUAAUGACUAGCCCAGAUCCUUUAGUGGAACAGUAUAAACCUGGAGUUUCUGAGAAAUGAAGCCUUUGUGAAACUUCCCUUCAUGAAUUUGGGACGUCAGUUCCCAAAAUGUUGUAUUAUGUGGAUUUCUCAAAAACAAAACAAAACAUUUCUGCAAUUUUCCAUAUUAAUCCAAAACGUUAAAUAUAAAUAUAAGUUGGAAUAAAUACAUUUUAGCAAAGUUGUGCUAAAGAAGCCAUUUUUGUUAGAACGUGUAGAAUUUUCAAAUCAAAGGAACUUUCUCCAUAGUUUCCCAAUAUCCUUGUGGCUUGUGGUCUCUUUACUCAGGGAAAGUAGAGAUUAGCACACAGUGACUAGAACAGUCUCAGAUGAAGAAUGUAUGGGACUAAAAAAAAAUGCAGUUGCCCACACACUUCUUAGGUUAGAUUUGGAAUUAUUUUGUUUUGUUUUUUCCAGUUGAAAGUUUUCUACUCCCAUCUCAAAUGGGAGUAGCUGCUAAAUGUUUUGACUUACUAACUUCUGCCAUUUUAAUUUCAGCUCUUCUGAUUAGCCCUCCUUUAUCAACAUUUUCAACUAAUUUUCACCUGUGAUUUUUAAAGGCCCAAUCUCAAAUUAGCUAAUAGCUAAUUUUGUAAUGGCAACAUAUGAGGUUCUAUCCGAAGCUAUUUAUCAAUUUUUUUUUUUUGGUACUAUCAUACCUGAAUAUAAACUGAAAUUCAUGUAAAUACUGAGUAACUAGGCUGAGUAAAGAGGCUGAAAUUGGUCUGUAAAUCACUCUAUUGUGAAAAAGUGCAGGAUUUAUAUUGAGUGGAAGAGCAUGUUAAGGUUCUAGCUAUAAUAGAAUUCCACUGUACAAAUAUUAAGCACUUUUACCCACAAUGAGUUAUGCUGCUUGGGAUACCAAAUAAAAUUAAACAAAACAGUCUCUGUGAUCAGGGAUCUUCCAGGGAAUAGGCAAUGUAUACAAAUAAGAUGAAAUGUAUUUGUUUUAUUAAAGGGAAACUGUGUCCAUGGUAGGAUCAGACAAGGAGAGACCAGAACUCUAUCAGAGCUAGAAAGCAUCUGAGAUUUUCUAGUCCAAACAUCUUAUUUUUGUGGAGAAAUGCAAGUAAAAUGGCUUGCCUAAGGUAAGUAGUAGAGCCAGGACUUAAACCCCAUGUCUCUUGCUUUUUUUCCUACUACAUGAUAAAGCAAUGAAGUUGUUGACCAUAUUGAGCUGUUUCCCCAAAGUAAUUGAUUAGGUUCUGAUGAUAAGACAGGUCAGCAUUAACAAUCCUUCCUAUUCUUUUAAUAAAUAGCUAGCAUUCAUAUGCUUUAAGGUUUUGCAAAGUGCUUUACUAGCAUUUUAUCCUCAUAAUAGCCCUACAGAUGGAAACUGAGGCAAAAAGAAAUUGACUUAUCCAGAUCAAAUAAGCUAGAAAAUGUUUGUUUGAGACUUUUGAAUUCAGAUUUUCCUGGCUGAAGUCAGGCCCAGCAUUUUGCCAUUUAACUGCCUCUUUUUAAAUAUACACUAAAGACAUACCACUUUGCUUACUGAAUGAGAAAGUUCUUCCAGGGAAAAAUAGAAUAGUGUUGCUUCACAAUUGUGUAAGAAAAUAAAACACAAGAGAUAAUUUUUCUUUGCUUUUAUUUUUCAAAUACUUGAAAAGAAUAAUUUCCAGCCAAAGCUAGAACUGUAACAGUUCAUUUAAAUAAUUACACACACACACUCACACACACUUCAAGGAGUGGUCCAGACUUGCUUUCUUCAGCUGUGUGAAAAGUUGCUCUACUGAUACAGUUCAGCAAUUCCUCUAUCUGUAUUGUACAAUAAAGAAAAGGAUUAAUGAGUUGCCCAUGUACCAUAUAGCCAGUAUAUGUCAAAUGCAAGAAUGGAACCCAUCUUUUCCUUCAAGACCUACCCUUGCAAUGCUUCCUUUUUUAUGAUUAGAUUUAUUAAAACACUGACUCUAAAAAUUCAUGAAAAUUGGUACUCAAAUCUUUUGUAUUUUAAACUAGGUACAUUUAAAAAAAUUUAGUUAAACAUAAUUUUAAUUGAUUAUCUCUGAUUUGGGUAGGGUAGAAACAAUAGAGAUAAAAGUCUAUUUUGCCUUCCAGUUCUAGAAUUCUUUAAUUAUUAUUUGACCAAGAGACCUUUAUCUCCAUUUUUUUCAGGUUCCAAGAGGACUACUAUCUGUUAGAUAAGCAUUAUAGUUUCUAGUUCAUGAUUAUCAAAGUGUGUAAAAACUUUGUAGCCUCUCCCCACCCUGCAAAAAUUUUUUCCUGAUGUCAUUCCUCUUUUGUUGAAAUUAAGCUGUCUCUGACAUCACUUAAUGUCUAGUUCAUCUUAUUUUAGAAAAUAAGCAGAACAAAUAUUUGCUGUAACAAAUAUUUCGACCUUUUUUAUGCUUUCUAGUUGUAAGUAAAGAGACAGUUGAGGGAGAGAGGAAUGUGGUGGAGAAAAAUCCUAGGGAACCAGCAAUUUCACUUCAGCAAGAGAAAAAUCUUCCUUUAACUCUAAAGUGAAUAAUCCUAAAGUCUUACUUGUUUUUCCCCCGAGAUUAGCCUUUUGUACAGACUAGAAUGGUCAAAAGGUGCCUAAUUUUUAUUUGUCCAGUUCAAAAAAAAUACCACACAAGAGUUUUUGGUUCUAUACCCUCGGGUUGGUUUUGAUAUACUGUGAAGACCUUUAGUAUAUUAUUUUUAAUAAUCUUUAACACUUUUCUUCUCUAAAACUGGUAUGUAUAGUCUUCCAAUGAAAAAGCCUUUCAUGGAACAAAAUUUACCUAAAAAUGUCUAUUUUUUACCAGUAUUCACAUGCCUAAAUUUUUGCGGCAUGUUUGGUGGUGAAUAUAAUGCCAGUUAACAAACUCAUCUGUUCUCAUUAUAUAAUAGACAUAGAUGUCAAAUAAAUAUAAUAAAUUAAUAAAUAUAAUAGUUCAACUUUUCUUUCAUCUGUGUGUCCAUAACCUGGGCUUAAUGAGCAGGUUUCUCUGCUCAAGCCUAAAAAACUUAUAGAGGCCUUUCUUCAAAGCUAUUACAGAAGAUGGAAAAUAUUUUUUAAAACAAGCAAACUUAUUUGAAACUAUCUUGAUUUUUCCUGGUUACAACCAAUCUAAAUGUUUUUCCUAAAUAAAAAAAAUGUCCUUUUUAUUCUUCAGAAAAAAACAUUUGAGUGCAUCCUCAAAUCGUAGAAACUGUUUUACAAUAUCUUCCUUAUAGUAUUUCCUUAAAAGCCACAAAAAAAACUGUCUUAUAAUUCUUUCCAAAUUCCUGCUGGUUCAUUUUUUUUUUUUUACACGAGUUAUUUAAUUUUUGAGUUGAUUCUUUUAAAGGAGGGAGAAUGUUUUGGAUAGGUGGAAGUUUUCAAACUCUUCAUUUUUUUUUGAUUUUCUCUGGUAGCUGAGUUUUGCAAAUGUUGGAAAAGCCAAUUCCUUGUAUAUGAACCUAAAAAAAAAUUUGUAAACAAUAAUUAAGAAAGGAACUUAUUAAUGCUUUAUCUAUUAAUGCAAAUAUCUAUUUAUUCCAUGAGUCAGCAAGUUUGGUUUUUUUUUUUGAUUGUUGUUUUUGCUGUGAAAUAAAGUGUUUAUUGCUAAAAAAUGUCUUUUAAAUCCAAAUAAGUUGACUUAUUUUUUAAAGUAUUUCUUUUAUUAAAAUAUACUUAUGUGCAGAUAGGUCAACUUAUAAGUGUAAAGUGUUCUCCCAAGAGCUAUUUUGUUAUGUAAUCAUUUAUGUUUAAUAAGUUAUUGUAAUAUCACAAAUACCAAUCUCCACAUUUACAUUUUAGUUACAGUCUUUAAAAUUUUAGAUACUCCAUUUAGACUUCUUAUGUUUGUUCAUUCAUCUUUCUGUUACAGGAUCUAGGAACAUUUAUAUAUGUUUAAGUAAAUGCUCUUAUGUGAGGUACUCUGAGUAAAGUGUUACUGAAAACUAAACCUCUGAAAUAAUUAUGAAACUUGGCCAUCAGUUGGAGGUGUGUGAUUCUCUUAACAAUAAAUACAACUUAAAUGCACUUAGGAAACAUUAAUAAAAGCCUUACUUCAUAAGGACCAUGAAUAUGAAUUAUAAAAUAGUAGCUCAGCAGAACAGAAUUAGGUCCAUAGCUCCUCUGAAUAUUAACUGGAGUGCAUGUAGACAAAUCUAGAGUUGUUACAGUUGCAGCAACUGGUAUAACGAUGUGUUGCUAGUAGGAAUAUGUAAAGUUCAUUUCAUCUUCAUUGCAGUUAUUCAGAAAGUCACAAAGCAAAACCUCUUAUCAAUCUUACCGAAUGUAACAUAAUUACACUUAUUCACUCAUCUGUUCCCAAGAAAACUUUAAAAUAGCAUUUUAUUUGUUUUGCAUGAAAGCUUAGUUUUUUCCUGUUCAUUUUUUUUUAAGUGCAACUUUUAUUUCACUCAAAUUAGAAUUCUUAGAAAAUUUGCACCAGUCUAAAUGCAUUGUCUUUGUUAUUAAAGCACAUGUUACUGUCUGGGAUUUGUCAUUUAUUGUUCAGUUGUAUCAUAAGCUGUUACUUUAUCCUAUAUUAUACCUUGUGAUUUUUGAUUCUUGUAUGUUUUAAGUGUUUCCAGUUUCCUUUAGUUUUAGCUGCUGUAUAACGGCUAUUGUGUUAAUAUAGAAUUGUAAAAACAAAAACAAAAAACCUGCAUUUAUUUAUACAGAGACAUUUAUAAUACUUAUUUUACAAAUGUUCUUAUAUUCAGAAUAAAUAUUUCUAAUGCCAUAAUAAAA